AUGGGAUCAAAAGCAUCAAAAUUAUUAGAAGAAUCACAAAAAUCACAUUCAAAAGAAAUUAAUUUAAAAGAAUUUUCAUUAAAACAAAUACCAAUUGUAUUAUGUACAAAUUUUACAUAUAUUGUUAAAUUAAAUUUAAAUGAUAAUUUAAUAAAAGAGAUACCACCUGAUAUUUAUAAGAUACGGACACUUAGGAUAUUUUGGAUUAAUAAUAAUAAGAUUAAUAGUAUACCAGAUGAAAUUGGAUUGUUAUCAGAUUUGGAAGAUUUUCAAGCCGAUGGUAAUAAUAUUAGUAGAAUUGGUAAAGUUUUCUUUGAAUUAAAGAAAAUCACAGAUUUAUCGUUGUCAAGAAACCAUUUAAAAGAGAUACCACAUGAGAUGGCAGAUUUUAAAACACUGAAAACUCUACAACUAGAAUCAAACAAUCUUACAGCAUUGCCAGGUUUAAUCUCACAAAUGAGUUCAUUGAAAACUUUAAAUGUUGGUCAAAACCAGAUUGAAUAUAUUUUCAACGACUUUUCACUAUCACCAUCACUGACGGCAUUGACACUGUUUGCCAAUAGGUUGACGGUGUUACCAGAUUUGUUUGGCAGAUUAUCGACAUUAUCAAAUUUAAAUCUACGUUCAAACCAUUUAACAAGCCUGCCUGACUCAUUCAGUCAAUUGAAAUCAUUGACGACAUUGUCACUCUGGGAUAACGGGUUCCAAGAUUUCCCACUGGCAUUAUGUGGUUGUACGUCAUUGACAGAGUUGAGUUUUAGUAAUAAUAGUUUACAAUCUAUACCUAAAGAAAUUAAAAAUUUAAAAAAUCUUAGGAAAUUCUAUUUACAGUAUAAUCAAAUUGAGCAAUUACCAAUGGAGAUGUGUUAUCUUGUGAAUUUGAAUCACCUAUUACUACAUCAUAAUAGAUUGACCAUGAUACCAUGUCAGUUGGCUGUAUUAUCGAAAUCAUUGGAUUCAAUUAACCUAAGUGGUAAUCCAUUACCCUCGAAAAUUUUACAAGCUGAUCAACAAUCAUUAAUGAGAAUUUUAUCAGCAGAUUUAAUAGUACGUCGUGAUGUUUGUGCACGUACAAUUCAAAUUCAUUAUAAAGUUUGGAAAAAACAAUUUAGAUUUAGGAAUGUAGUUUACACAUUAAUUGAACAUAAUAAAGUUCAAAAAAAUAUAAUAAUUGCAAAUCAAACUGCAAAAGUAAUUCAAAGUGCAAUUAAAAUUCAACGUUGGUAUAAAUCACGUAGAAUUUUAAAUAUUUGGUAUGAAUUAGUUUCAAAAGUACUUUUAUUAUUAAUUAAUAAUCAAAUUAGUAGAAGUAAUAGUAAUAGUGGUUUAGUUAAAAGUAAUAGUGCAAUUUUAAUUAGAAAUAAUAGUGGUAUUUUAAUAAAAAGUAAUAGUAAUCCAUUAAUUAAUAGUAGUAAUAAUAACAAUAAUAAUAAUAAUAAUAACCAUGGUACAUUAUCAAGUCAUCAUAGUAAUUCAACAUCACCAUUAAAUGGUUUUAAAGAACGUAUAAAUUCACAAAGAAAUUUUAUAAAAGAACAUAAAGAUAUUAAAGAAUUAACAGAUUUAGAAUCAACGAUUAGUGGUGGUGGUGGUGGUGGUGGUAUAACUUCAUAUCAAGAUAAUUCUGAUGAAGAAGAUAGAAAAUUAAAAGAGUUAAAAGAAUUAAAAGAAUUGAAGGAAAUUAAUUUUUUAGGUGAAAUUGAUAAUGAUCAAAAUAGUAGUAGUGGUAAUUUAAAUUCAAUUGAUUUUAAAUUAGAAAAACAAAAAUCAUUAAAAAAAUUGAAAAUUAUUGGCGGUAGAUUGGGAUCAUUGUAUGGAUUUGAAGAACCAGAUAUUCAAGAUGUAAAUAUAAUUUAUCAAGAUGGUUUGAUUAAAGCGGCUACAGUGCCAAAGUUAAUUGAACAUCUUUGUAAUUUCGAUUAUACAGAGAAUGAAUUUUCAAGAUACUUCUUUUCAACUUAUCAAUCAUUUAUUAAACCAAUUGAAUUAUUUCAAUUACUUUGUGUAAGAUAUCAUAUUGAACCACCAAUUCAUGCAAGUGCAUUAGAGUUGGCACAAUUUAAAAAAACAAUUAAACCACGUAUUCAAGAGCGUGUCAUUGAUUUAAUGGGUUAUUGGGUACAGAAUCAUUUAAAUAAUUUUCAAGAGGAUGCUAGGCUAUUGAGAAAUUUCAAUCAAUUCAUUACAAAUACAUUAAUGUUUGAAAAGGAAACUUCAGCUAAAAGGUUAAUUGCAAUUUUUAAUGAGACUAAAAAGAAACAUAUUGAUAAUAUUCAGGAAUUAAUAAAGUUGUCCCAAAAUGCACCAAAACCAAUCCUACCUUUGAAAACAUUGGAUGGUAGUGAUUUUAGUUUAUUGGAUAUCUCAUCGAUUGAAGUGGCUCGUCAAAUGGCAUUAAUUGAUCAAACUUUAUUAUCAAAAAUAUCAUCCACUGAAUUACUCUCAAAGAAAUGGAGUAAAUGCACCGACGAAACUCAAAAGAUUUGUCCAAACAUUUUAACAAUGAUUGGUGUUUUCAAUCAAUGUUCAAAAUGGGUUAGUUCAGAGAUUGUUGGUGAAAAAUCUUCAAAACUUCGUAUAAAGAAAUUGAAAUACUUUAUAAAGAUAGCUCAACACUGUUAUGAUAUGCAAAAUUUCAAUGGUUUAAUGUUGAUUAUUAGUGGGUUGAGUUGUAGUAGUGUCACCCGUUUACGUGGUACUUGGGGCUCACUAUCAAGUAGACAUCGUGAUAGGUUCGAUCAAUUGGAACGUUUUGUUAAUAUGGAGGGUAACUUCAAACAAUAUCGUAUGCUUUUAGCAGAGAUUCAAACAGAUACCACACCAUGUAUACCUUUUGUUGGUUUAUAUUUAAUGGAUUUAACUUUUAUCGAUGAAGGUAAUCCAGCAUAUUUAAAUCCUGAACAAACUCUUGUAAAUUUUGUAAAAAAAAGAUUGGAAGCUCAUCUAAUUCUAAGAUUUACCGCUUUCAAAAGUGUACCAUAUUGUUUCGAACCUGUAGCUUUCAUUCAAAAUAUCCUUCUAGAUUCAACACCAAUGUUAGAGAAAGAACUAUACGAUAAAUCAAUUGCAAUUGAAAAAAGACAUAUUCGUAAAAUUACAAAGAAAGAAAAUCGUGAUAAAAACAAAUUAACAACUUCUUCAGUUGGUGAUUUAACAACUUUAGUAAAUCCAAAAUUAAAAGACACACUCUCAAAUUCAUCUGCUGGUGCUGCUGGUAGACAAUUAUCAAUUAGUCAUGAUCCUUCAAUUGAAUUAAAUGAACGUAAAUUAAAGAGAAAUGAUACACUAAAUUCUUCAUCACCUCCAAACUUUCUUUCAACUCAAUCACAUUCUUCACCAACUUUAUCGUCAUCAUCAUCAGUGGUAGCUAGUAAUAAUAAUGGUAAUGGUACAACUGUUUCUUACAUUUCAAAAGAUGGUAAUUCUAAUGGUAUCUCUGGUUCAAUCACUCCAAUUUCACCACGUCCAAAAAUUCAUGUACCAUUAUUAGAUUUCUCUGUUUCAAUGUCACUUAGUCGUAACACUUCCCCAUUAGGUUCACCAACUACUUCACCUCGUCAAAAUUUAUUUAAUAAUUCAAAUUUUAAUAGAUUAAAUAAUAUUGGUUCUCAAAGUGAUAGAUCACAUCAUCAAUUAAAUCAAACUAAUAAUAAUACAACAACUACUACAACCACAACCACAAAUACAAAUACAACUACAACUGCAUUAAAUAAUAGUAAUAGUAAUAAUAAUAAUAAUAAUAAUAAUAAUAAUAAUAAUAAUAAUAAUAAUAAUAAUAAUAAUAAUAAUAAUAAUAAUAAUAAUAAUAAUAAUAAUAAUAUAUCAAAUAAUAGAAUGGAAAUUGGUGGUCAAUUAAAAGCAUCAGUUUCAAAUCCAUAUAUUUCAAAUUUAUCAAAUAGUGGAAAUAAUAUUAAAACCUCUGUUUCAAAUCCAUCAACUACUUUUAAUACUCCAUCUUCUUCUAAAAAAAGUAGUACUCAAAAUACAAUGAGUGCCUCAUCUUCAUUUUCUAGUAAUUUAUCUUCAAGAGAGAGUAGCACUCGUAAUUCUCCAAGAGCAAUUGGAAAUAGUAAUGGUGGUUUAUUUGAUAAUAUACCAAUUCAACCAAAUUUUUAA